UCAGAGGCUGGAGAGCAAAGGACCAACAGUGUUCUGGCAGGAACAGCCAGUAGGAGGUUCUGGCUGAGAGCUCCCAAGCAGAAAGCUGGCCCGCCAGCCACCACUCAGAGGACUGGGCUCCAGGAACAGGUGGGCAUGUUCAUUUGCAUCCUGAACUUUGGGGGGAGAUGACUGUCCUUGGAAUAGCCAGCCAGGAAUCAGAUUCUUACUCUCUCUUCUGAGCACCUGCAUGAACUGCAUCGUCAGGAUCAUGCUAUCAAAGCCCAAGACCAAGGGAGCCUUUGACAGCUUUACUCCAAAUGGCAUCAUCAUCCCCAAAAGAGAGAAACCUAGACACAGCUACCAAAAAGAGGACAACCCACCAAACACUCUGCAAAAAGAAACUACAGUCCUUGGAAUUAUACAGAUUAUGUGCUGCCUGCUGAUUUCAAGUUUGGGGGCGAUUUUGGUUUCUGCUCCUUACUCUUCUCACUUCAAGCCAACAACUUCCACCAUUUUGAUGUCUGGGUACCCAUUUGUAGCAGCUACAUGUUUUGCCAUUACUGGAUCCCUCUCGAUCAUUUCUGGGAAAAAGGCAACUAUGCCCUUUGCCAUGAGCACCCUGACCGCAAGUGCAGCGAGUUCUCUAGCUGCUGGAGCAGGCCUCUUCCUCCUUGCUGACAGCCUGGUAGCCCUGGAGACGGCCUCUCGACCGUGUGACUCAGAAAGGGAAUACCUAUCCUCACUGCCUUAUUCGGGGUACUAUUAUUCAACUUAUGAAUUCAAGGACUGUCUCCUGGCUAGUGUCAGUCUGACGGGGGUGCUGGUGGUGAUGCUCAUUUUCACUGUGCUGGAACUCUUAACGGCUACCUACGCUUCCAUCCUUUGGUGGAAACAGCUGUACUCCAAGAACCCAGGGAGUACAUUUUCCAUGCCUCAAUCACAAGGUCAUAUCCAACAUGUCAAAAAUCCUUCAAGGUCAUGCAUAGGAGUAACGCCUCAGAAGAAAAAGGAGAAAGCCAGGACUCCUGGCAAAGUGUGGUUAGACUUUCCUGAAAUUUCAGCUACUUUAGACACUGAAAGAAACCUUUAGAAAAACGGUUUUUGUUUUGCACUUGCUCAGUCAGAGUCAUUUUAUUGCUCUUGAAAGUAAUCACUUGGGGUGCUUGGGUGGCUCAGUCGUUAAAGCGUCCAACUCCUGAUUUCUGCUCCGGUCAUGAUCUCAUGGUUAGUGAGUUCGAGCCCCACAUCAGGCUCUGCACUAACAGUGCAGAGCCUGCUUGGGAUUCUCUCUCUCCCUCUUUGUUUCCCUUCCCUGCUCAUGCUCCCUCUCUCUCUAAAAAAAAAAAAAGAAAAGAAAAGAAAAGAAAGAAAAGAAAAGGAAAGAGUCUCUCAAAUCCCAGGUGGGUAAACUGAACAGAAAGUGGUUCACCCACCCCUAAAUAAGAAGAGAAAAUGUGCACGCUUGUGCUGGUGCAAAGUGGCCAAGUCACAUGGCUAUGCAGUCUCCACCUCCGUAUUAUUUUCACACUCAUAUUGCUUAAAUGUUAUAUAGUAGGGAUUGCAAGAACUUUUAAAUUAAAAGUACUUCAAAAAUAUACAGCUCCGUUUCUGUCAAUUGAAUGAAAUGCAUGUCUGUCAAUUGAAUGUGGCUCAAUAUUCUGUCUCAUUUAAUGACUUUAUUCUGAAAUAUCUGGCUUCAAAGAUUAUAACUUACCACAAUGCUCUUCCCCAUCUAAGUUCUAGACCAAAGAAGAAAUUAGCCAUAAUUUUAUUACUGUACUGGAGUACAGUACACCUACCCAGUAGGUGUACCUACCCAGUAAAGACCCAAUAAAGGCCUUGGGUCCUAUCCCCAGGAGAAUAUACUACAGACAUGCAUACAUGUGUUUUCCAAAAACAUGUACAGAAAUGGUCAUAUAAGUAGUACACAUAAUUGCCUCCAAAAGGAAACUAUCUAAAUGACUAUAAACAAUAGAAGGGAGAAAUAAAAAUUCUGGUAUAUUCAUACAAUGGAGUACUAAACAGUAACAUGAGUGGACAAACUAUAAUUACAUGCAGCUAUAUAGAUAAAUCCCAUAAACAUAAUGUUUGGGGGGAAAAGGUCAUGCAUAAAAGAGUCCAUUGACGGAUGAAUGGAUAAAGAAGAUGGAUAUUACUCGGCAUUCAAAAAGAAUGAAAUCUUGCCAUUUGCAACUACGUGGAUGGAACUGAAGGGUAUUAUGCUAAGUGUAGUCAGCCAGAGAAAGACAAAUAUCAUAUGACUUCGCUCAUAUGAGGAAUUUAAGAGACAAAACAGAUGAACAUAAGGGAAGGGAAGCAAAAAUAAUAUAAAAACAGGGAGGGGGACAAAACAGAAGAGACUGUUAAAUACAGAGUACAAACUGAGGGUUGCUGGAGGGGUUGAGGGUGGGGGAGGAGCUAAAUGGAUAAGGGGCAUUAAGGAAGACAUGUUGGGAUGAGCACUGGGUGUUAUAUAUCAGAGAUGGAUUGCUGGAAUCUACUCCUGAAAUCAUUACUGCAUUAUAUGCUAACUUGGAGUAAACUAAAAAAUAAAUUUAAAAAAUUAUAAUAAUAAAUAAAAAGAAAUUGGUUACAUAAAAAGAGUACAUACGGUCUGAUUCUGUGUAUGUAAAGUUUAAACACAAGCUAAGCUAAUAGUGUCAGAACUAGGAUAGUGGUUACCUUUGGGAGUAGGUAGUUACUGGAAAGGAACCCAGAGGGUCUACGGGUUCAUGGAAACAUUCUUUUCCUUGAUCUGGAUGCUGGAGUUAUAUACAUAUAACUGUGUUCUCUUGUUUCUGUGUUAUAAUUGAAUAAAAACACUUUUGAAAAAGCUACUUUGGACCCCUUGGCCCAUCUAGUUAUUGAGCCAUCCCCCACUUCUCCAUAGUCAAAUCCCUUUAAAACAUGAUCUUCCAAAAACCUUGGGGUCAUCUUUGGCUCUUCUGUUUUUUUCACACACCACAUCCAAUCUAGCAUUAAAACUUGCUAGUUUUAACUUCAAAAUAUAUUGAGUCUGAUUGCUUCUCACCAUCUCAUGAGCACUCUGGUUCAUCAUCCCCCAUUGGCAUUAUUGCAAUGAGCCAACUAGUGGGGCACCUACACCACUCGGUCUGUUCUCUGCAUGGCAGAGAGCACAUUUUUUUUUCCAUCUCAAAUCAGAUCAUAUCAUUUCUCUG